UUGUUUUUGUUAUUGCAUUAAACUGUACAUGAUUUUACAUUUCCAGCUUCUUUAGCAUUAAAAUUGCAUAGUCGUAUCCCGUAAUCGUAUUCCUGCGUAUAGCUUCAAUCAGUAUUCUGAAGGCGAACAGCCGAUUGCACAAAAGCGGAUCACUUGUUCGACGGCUUGGUUUCAAAGGAGGUGUUGACUGCUGUGGUGGGACGGAGCGAAACACUUCCAAUCUCGGCUGGGCAGAAAGCGAUUUUCUUCUGAAAGCAUGGCAAAAACUAAGCGCAGGCAGUUUGGUUGCUGUCUCUGUAUCGGUUUAUUGGGUGUUAUAUCCAUAUGUCUCUGCAUAGCGUUGGGUGUAUUUCUUCACGGAGGAUGCUCUGAUUUUACGUUCAAGCACGCAGCGGUUUCUGCUGACUCUCAACUUUGUUCGGACAUUGGCAGAGACAUACUGCAACAAGGAGGGUCAGCAGUAGAUGGCGCCAUUGCAGCUCUGUUGUGUACUUCACUAGUCAACCCUCAGAGCAUGGGCCUAGGAGGAGGUUCCAUAUUCACUGUGAGAGACGCAAGUGGUAUGGUGAAAACGUUUAGUUCGAGAGAAACCGUCCCACAGUUAUUCAAAGCAGAUCUGCUGAAGGGCUGCCCCAAAUCUUUUUCAUUUAUCACAGGAAGUCAAUGGAUUGGUGUUCCUGGAGAGUUGCGUGGGUAUGAGAUGGUUCAUAGACGGUAUGGAAAGCUGCCCUGGGCCAAAUUGUUUGAGCCCACAAUUAGACUGGCAAGAGAGGGAUUCCCCAUGCCGGCCUUCCUGGGCAACUUCCUUAACCACACACUGAUAAAAAACCUGGUGGAAACAACAUCACUCUGUCAGGUGUUCUGCAAGCAGAACAAAACAGUGCUGGGAAUGGGGGACACAUUGAAGUUCCCUCAACUGGCUGAAACCAUGGAAACCAUUGCACAACAAGGGGUAGAUGCCUUUUACACUGGCCAAAUUGGACUUGACUUAAUCCAAGACAUAACAGCAGCAGGUGGGACCCUAACCAUGGAUGACCUGAAGUCAUAUCAAGUCCAAGUGAAAGAUGCCUGGACUGUUCCUCUGGGAGAUUACCAGAUGCAUGUCCCUCCACCUCCAGCUGGGGGAGCCAUGCUUGCCUUUAUCCUCAACAUUGUUAAAGGCUUCCAUUUCACCCCAAAGUCCAUGGAGGGGGACCAGAAGGUCCUGACCUAUCACCGCUACAUAGAGGCAGCUAAAUUUGCAAACGGACAGAGGAGGAGCGUCCGGGAUCCUGACUUCGGUCCAAAAAUAGAUGCAUCAUAUAUGGUGGACUCAGACUUCGCUGAUCAAAUCAGGACAUUGAUCAGUAAAGACCGUACAUACAACAACUCCUAUUACAACGUCAAGCCUUCCCCAGACCGCUAUGGGACCACACAUGUUUCAGUUCUAGCUGAAGAUGGAUCUGCAGUCUCUGUUACCAGCACUAUCAACCAAAUUUUUGGGUCAGCAGUAUACUCUCCCAAAACAGGCAUCAUCCUCAACAACGAGCUGGCUGACUUCUGUUUUAGAGCAGAGAGAGUCAGUGCAGGUGAACAGCCACCCUCGUCAAUGGCUCCAGCUAUACUGAGCUCCAGCUCAGGGAAAAAGACCAUUGUUAUUGGUGGAUCAGGGGGCAGCAUGAUCACCACAGCCAUGGCUCUGUCACUCAUGAAUCAUCUUUGGUUGGGGAAGAGUCUGAAAGACGCCAUUGCUGCUCCUAUAGUGUUUGUCGACGGGAACAACUUUGUGAACUUUGAGCCUAACUUUGAUAAGUCUGUCAUAGAGGCCCUGAAAGUUAUUGGACACAGAGUGAAGGACAGUCCUUACUUCUUCAACGUGGUGAAUGUUGUGGCGAAGGAGGACAGGUGCAUCACAGCCGUGUCUGAUGCCAGGAAACUUGGUAAAGCUGCUGGCUACUGACCAUCAUAACACAAGGACACUAAGGCUUAAUCCAAUGUGCCUCUUAACGAAAGGUUUGGGGCACUUCAGAGCCUCUGACUUUAGCAUUUAUACUGAUGGUGUUUUAUGUUACCAAGCACAUACUUUCCUUGUCCAUCUGGUCAUGCUUCCGACCUGGACUAAGUUUAAAUAGACUCUAGACUCAGCCCACAUGCAUUUAUUAAUUAUUAUAAUUGU